AUGUGUGGCGAGAGCGAACAAGGAGCACUUCUGGCAGUUGGCAUGGUCACAGGAUCCCUUUUCAUCGUGGCGUUUUAUUCGGGAUGUGUCGUCGCCGCUCUGAAGAUUCCAUCGUGGAGCUUCCAGCGGAAGAAUGACUUAGUCAUGUGCUUCCGGUUCUUGACCUCCAACUUCAGAUUGAAUCGCUGGUGGUUUGGCUUGCUGGUGAUGGCGCGAGGAUUUGGUUUUGGCCUGAUCAUCGUGAUCGCCACCGACACUCCAGCGGCACAGACCAGCCUGGCCACACUAAUCCUGGUGGUCUAUGGUUUCCUUCAAGCCGUGAUGUGGCCCUGGAAAGCCCAGCUGAUCAACGUGGCGGAUGUGCUCUUGAGCUCCCUGAUGCUGUUGUUGGUGGGCCGCACCAAGAUGAAGGAAGUCGUGGUGGCCAGCAAUCACAACGGCUGGAACUUUUCUCGAAUCUUUACGCUGAUGCUUCUGAUUGCGAUUGCCAUCACCAUCAUUCUGAUGGUCGCAGCAAGUCUGUGCGUAGCUCGGUCUCAACCGAAAGAAUGUGAAGAGCUCAGAGAGCGGUAG